AUGCUUUUCUUUAUAGUAGUCUUCCUUGGCAUCUUCUCUCUAUGGUGGCAUUGGAGAGCAAGGGAUGAGCUGAAGGUUACAAAUCUCACUGGCAAAUAUAUAUUCAUCACUGGCUGCGACACAGGCUUUGGAAAUCUGGCAGCAAAGACUUUUGACCAAAAAGGAUUUCAUGUUUUUGCUGGUUGUCUGACUGAAAAGGGAGCCAAAGAGCUAGCAGCAGUGACCUCCAAGAAGCUUCAGACAGUACUGCUGGAUGUGAGAGAUUCAGACUGUGUUAGGAAAGUGGCUGCUUGGAUCAAAACUGAAGUUCAGUCUGAAGGUCUUUGAGGACUUGCCAAUAAUGCUGGGAUCAUGGGGCUAUUAGCUCCCACAGACUGGUUGGAUAUCAAGCACUUCAGAGAACCAAUUGAAGUUAAUUUAAUUGGACUCAUAAAUGUCACAAUAAAUAUGCUUCCCUUGAUAAAGAAAGCAAAGAGAAGGGUAGUAAACGUAUCCAGCAUCAGAGGGAACAUAGCAUUCAGCCGUGGGGGCUACUCCCCUUCAAAAUUUGGGGUAGAAGCAUUUAAUGACAGUUUAAGGAGAGAUAUGAAAGCUUUUCGAGUUAAAGUUUCUUGCAUUGAAUCUGGACUAUUCAAAACAGCAUUACCAAAUUCAACAAGGAUUAUGAAAGAAAAGAUUAUCUGGGAUCAGCUUUCUCCUAGUAUUAAAAAGCAAUACUAAAAAAAGCAAAAUACAUGAGUAUUUUAAGAAAGGUGAGGCAAUUUCCACAAAGAAAAGCUGUUCAAGAUGUAUCUUAACAGAGACAUUUCAUCAGUUGUUCAGUGCAUGGAACAUGCCCUGAUGAGCUGCCACUCACACACCCAUUACAUUGUUGGGAGGGAUGCUAAGGUUUUUUGGAAUCCCCUUUCCAAAACAGCUGUACAAGACUUCUUACUUCUGAGAAACAGAGCAGAGCUUGAGGCUUCACAUGCAGAGUAA